AACACAUGGUGCAGAUCAGAGCUCAGAGCAGGAGGCUGUGCAAAUCGAGCUCGCAAAAUUGUUCUUUAACCUAGAUUUCGUUUGUUCUUUACUCAUUGAAUUCAAUCCAAAUUUUAAGCAGUUAUUUUGGAAAAAAAUUCUGAAUUAUUUUGCCUUUCGAGCUGUGUAUCACAAAUACCAUGCUUCGCUCAAUGCUUGUUUCAAGCGUCAAACAUUCACUAGAAAUACGACCAUGGCUACCUUUUCAAAAUAGCUUCACUCGCACUUAUAUUCGGAGGACAGAUGAUGAUAAUAAUAAGGGAGAAGGAAAUGAACAGCGCAACCAGGAAAUUGGCAAUGACGGUGAGACUCCUCGAGUCGACUACAAAGGACAUUUUAAACGGAAUGUUCACUGGUUAAAAAAGCAUCAAAGUCGACCCAACAGUUCCAAUUCGAACAUGAAAGGAAAUUUCAUGCGCAAUUCCAACUCAGCACAAAGAAACACAGACGACGAGGACAUGGACGAAAAAGAGACAAGAGGCACCAGUCCUAGAGACGUUCUUUUUAAAGAGGACAGAAAGUUUUUCCGACGAAAUUUCGAUAGUCGUGAGUCCAAUACAGUUGAUGAUGAUGAACGAGAUCGUCUUGCUUUUAGAGAUUGGAUAGGCAUGGUCGCCAAGUACAGAGCGUCCCAAAGAACUCCGAAUUUUCUCACUUGGGAGACGAAAGAGAGAAUUAAGAUGCUGCACGCGAGCAAUCCCAUUGAAUGGACUUUUGAUAGACUUUCAGCUAACUUUCCUGUUUCAGUUGUUGCCGUCAAGCAAAUUGUUAAGAACAAAUGGACGCCUAGAAGCAUUCUGGAGCAUGAUAAUGCUGCAUCAAAAAAUUGGAAAGCGUUCAAAGAAGGUAAAAUUCCUGUCCCGGAUGAAAUCCUGCGUGCUCAUUUGAUGAGUUUCUUAACCAGGGAUGAGAUGAAGAAUCUUCCUCAAAUUGAAGGAUUUGGCGAAGAACAAGAGAGUGACGUACCUGCUGAAAUAAGGAAGGAAUCUAGAGUCAUUGAUGUUCACAAAGAAAAGCUGGAGCAGAACGUUUCAACCUUUAAUCCAACUCCAGAUGACAUGCACACGGCAUCUUAUAAAUUGAAGAUAGAAAUACCCAAACACAAAUUCAAAGAAGGCGCGACUUACAGGAUAAAAGAUUGCUAUUACCAUUCAGAUGGUAUUUUUCUCUACAGAGUUCCUGGAAUGGAUCAAGCGCCCUGAUGACCAUAGCUUAAUUUUAUGUUUGUCUUGUAUUGAAUAAAUCUCAAAUGGAUUUAAACAA